GUUGUUUGUUUUAUACCGCUCGCUGAUGCGUUUCGUCUGUGAGCUGCUUGUCGCUAAGGCAGAGGUUAACUUACGUCACGCGGAUUGAAUUCCUGUUCGCGAACGCGUUGGAGACCCCGUCGUCGCUCAGUGUGCACUGUGCAGGGACAUUCGUUUCGCUUCGCGUGCUCGUUCUGACGUUGCCCUACGCAGGCGGGUGCCCCGAUUGCCCCUUUAUCGCUUCUUCUUAUCGUGUGCGUUCUUCCUUUGUGAAGUGCUCCGUGCUGUUCGCGAUAUCACGCUAGCUAUCGUUGCCGCUGCUUCUCAUAUCACGCGAAACUGCUACGUUCUCCUUCAUCCAGUUCGCCGUAAUGUUAUUCCGUUGCGCUGCUCAGUAAAGACGCGUGCUAUGUUUAGCUUAUCACUGUACAGUUUAGAGUAAGAUAUGAUACGCGUGGUUGUGAGGAUUGUGACAGCGUUGCCGAUGGCGAUGCUUACUCCCGCUCUACCUCCCCGAUAACCUCCUCAGUGUGCUUGCUCCACUCGCACUUGCACGGCGUCACUUUUGCAUUGAUGCCCACGCAAGCUCGAUUAUGGCUGAAUUUUGGCCGGACCUUCAACUUGGGCCUGGGAAACCUUGGAAUGGGUCUGAUUGUCGCGCUCACCGGUGUGGCUCUGCUGGACCUUGUGGAAAUCUACGACGCCAGCGUCUCGAGCGUCUCGUAUCUGAUCACUACUCGUGGCAUCGGCAACCUUAUAGGUUCUCUGCUAGGCGGGAAGCUGUACGACACCUACAACACGCAAGUGAUAUCGAUACUGACGAUGAUAUUGAGCUCAGUCACAGUGCUCAUGAUUCCCCUGAGUGGGUACUUGGCAGUCGCACACGUCAUGGUGUUCUUCGAAGGUCUCAGCUUGGGCGCAUUUGGCACUGGCGCCAACGUAUGGAUCAUCAGGAUGUGGCCCGAGAACAGUAGCCCAGCUCUCCAGGCGUUCCACUUGGCUUUCGGCAUCGGCGGCCUCAUCGCCCCAUUCAUUGCCAAGCCUUUCCUCUCACCAGGCGCCGGAGGCAACUCAAGCAGCAUUCUGAACCACACUUUCGGGAUGGCCGAGCAGGUUUAUCUGACAGCAAGCCACAAUAGUGACCUCUCGAAGGAACUGCUCGAACUUGGAAGCGACAGUGAGCACGGUUCGGGCAAGAGCCAAGUUCACUACGCUUUCGCAAUUGCCAGUGCCCUAAACAUACUGCUGGUUAUCUCCAUGGUUGUGCUUUACUUCGUAGACAGGACCGAUUUCAAGCCACAAGAGCCGAGGAACACGGACGCAGCCGGAGCAGUAAUCGUCCAACUAGCGAGCGAUGUCCGGUUCACCCGCAUAGUGCUGGCGAUGCUCUGCGCCUACGUGUGCGUUUACGUUGUCCUGGAGUGUUCGUCGUCCGAGAUGUUCUCGCCGUUCGCGGUAAAGAGCGACCUGCAUUUCACCAAGGAGGCUGCGUCGCGUGUGGUCGCCGUCUAUUUCUCAUGCUUUUCCGCCGGCCGCCUCAUUGCUGCCCUGCUCACGAUUAAGGUGUCCGUUUUCUGGAUAAUUAUCGCAUCGCACAUCAUCCUGCUUCCCACAGCGGUUAUUCUCGCGAUGUGGGGCUCCACUAGAGCCACGGUGCUGUGGGCCGGUAGCGCCCUAACUGGCUUUUGUCAGGGACCGCUAAACGCGGGAGUUACGGCGUGGACUGCACAGUACAUAAGUAUUACAAACAAGAUGAUGUCGCUGGUUGUUGUCACUGGAGGUAUUGGUUCCAUGUCGCCGCCUCUUCUCGUUGGCCAGUUCCUCGAAAGCAGCCCCGAUGUAUUUCUCUACGUGUGCCUCGCUGCCGCUUCGCUCUGUAUCGUUGUCUUUGUUACCAUGUGCGUAUACGUGAGAGAUAUGACGCGGUCGAAUGAAAGCGAAGCUCUUCUCGUCAGCGUAAAUCAUGGCGGCUCUCAAGACAGUAUUUCUCCUCCUAUUCGUUUUUGAGCAACUUAAGGACAGUAGUGUAUGUGUUCUGUUACUUCGAACAAAAUGUUAUGUUUCUCUUGUGAAAAAGGGUAGAGGACACAAUCUCUUGGUACUGAAAACGCGUCAGUCAUGUCCACAGCGAGAAAGGGCAAUCUUAAGAAAAUAAUUUGGUGGCUUGGGAAACCACUGUUAGGCCAAGCUCCAUGUCAUUUCGUACUUUGCAUUCUGAAAAAAAAUGGUAUUCUCAGAAACUGUAUUUGAUUGAGAAAAAAGUAUACUGAUGACAACGGGCGUUAAUGCUUCACAAGGUCUCUAUAUGGUGCGUUUACCGAAAAAACUUCAGCAAUAAAAGAACGCGCCUUGUUGAUUUUAAUCUAUUGCAGUUCUCACAUUAUUAACAAGCUUCCAAAUACAUAUCUGGCGUAAUAGUAUAGUGAUCUAGCUUUGUAAUCAUUGUUCACGUGCUGUCUUCACUUGAUUUAUUGAGUUUGUGUUUUCACAUUUCGUAAGAGCUGCAACCCAUUGGGUUUCCCACGCAGUGCAAGACAUGGUCAAAAACACAAUAUUUUUCAAGAAAGAAAAAAAACUGUGAGGCAACUGCUGGAAAUGUGGCUGACUCGAUAAUGCGGCCUUUGCCGCUUUAAUUAAUCACUUCCGGAAGAAAUAUGAAUCUCACUCAACGUCAUAUGCAAUUGUUGGUCGGAAUUGCGGUUCGAAGUAUUCCACUUAUAGGCAUAGUAAUAACUAGACCUACCAUAGGCAGGAUGAAAACUGAAUAUCUUACUGUGUGCUCUCCCUGCAAGGCUAUUCUGGUGCAUUACUUUAUGCAGUGCUACAUUCAAGUUUUUUUUUUUUUUUAUCAGCGGCAAGAGGCUAGAUGAGUUAACCGCUGAUAGCGUCAGUGAGCACCGUAAACUUCCACGUGACUUGCUAUAAAACUGCAGAUUACGAAAUUAUAGUUCUGCAGUUUCUCUGUGCGUUGCGGGAAGUACUCGAUAAGGGGGACUCAAUACUCCCCUACGCUCGCAGAAAAUGUGAACGUGCACUGCACAUGACUGCGAAACGCUUGCAAAAGGUUUCACUGUGCUGGUGCCUAAGUGUACUCUUACUUACGGGCGCGUUCAGGUGGCCGUCACAGGAGCUCUGGCCACGCUACGAAGGGGGUGAAAAACAACUUUAAGGCUUUAGCACAAGAAGAAGCGGAUAAGGAAUUCCUGAUCCUGCAUCGUUAUCACCAGUGCAGCCCACUUAUAUGCUAGCGAUAACGCUUAGUUGCUCUUCUGCACGACUUUUGUAGCACUGCGACAGUGCUCUGAAACGACAACCCGAAUAUGCCAUUAUAGUUUCCUUGCAUUUUUGUGGGUUGAGCUUUGAAUGAAUGAAGGAAUGAAUUUAUUUCUCCUGUUCGCAGCAGAACAGAACAAGACGCUAAAAGCCGUAUGGCCUGACUAAUGCUUCUGCUCCGACAACAAUUCUGCACACAGGCCGUACGCAGCACACAAAUCGCACAGACAUGCCGAAAUCAAAUCUAGUGUCGCGAUACAGUACAAUUAAAAAAAGAACAUGUACACAAAAAUGCAAAAAUCCGACGGAAUACACUCAAGGUGCACUUUGUUUCAAAAUAUAACAGUGACUUGAAAAGAAAUAUGGAAAAAGAAGAGAGGAAAAAAGAAGAAUAACUCACAAUUUAUACCACGGCUUCCUUCAGCAAAUCUCAAUAUUGUUCGCAAUUAUAAAAUACUUAUAUGAUUUAUUCGGACCCUCCAUAAUUUCGUCAUCAUAAUAAUGUAGGUGAGUUAGCAGUGAAGGUACUUGAUAACUUACUAGUUGUUUUCAGCUGAGUCGAGUUCGAAUUACACAUUUAGUGACAUACAGAUUGUAGAGCGUUCCAUGAAGCGCAAAUACAUGCGCUUGGCAGUGGAACAACCGACAUCAGGGACCUUGACAAUUUACCGCUUUAAGGAGCCCCCUUGUUUUCAUAAAUAGAAAGAGCAUCUUUACGGCGUGAACUUUAUCGCCGAGGUACAACGUGGACCUUUGUCUCGUCUCGACAAAUUUUGGGUGCGCAAGCAAGUCGCUAACUUCAGGGAUGCACUCGUCGCAAAAUGCUAACGAUCGGAAAUGCAUACGUUGGUAGUACUUGUACUAAUUAUAGUUGAGUAAGUACACCUCCCUUCGAGGAGUACGUGUGCAUCUUAAAUGAGCGCCCGAAUCGCGACAAAGGCGCAAGCAGCAUGUCACUCGCUGGGCACGUGUUUGAGACCCCGGGAUUCAUUAUGCUGACUACCGUAUCACACAAACAGGGGGACUUGCUUUCACGAAGGCUAGUUUCCUUUUCAAAACGCGGGCUCCAAAGAGCUGUCUUGUUCGACCGCUGUUAAUUAUAUAAGAUUGUCAUUGGGUUCGGUUAGUGGAACGUCAAGUCUGACAAUGCAUUUCCGGUAGUCACAUACAGUGUAAAUGUUGUACGGCCUUAUCGGGAGAUACUAUUUAGGUUCCCUCUUUGUUGGUAAAGGAGCACUGGUAGCACUAAGAAACAGGUUACCUUGCCCGUGUUAUCGCAGGGUUGGUCAAUUUUUGUUCGUGGUACCGAGUUGUCAGAAAAUUGUCUAGCUUGUUUCUAGACACGCGGAAGGUAAACCCCACAAAGUGCCAAACGCCAUUCCACGUGAAAAAAAAAUGGAAAGAUUUGAUAUACUUUAUUUCUCGCAUUGUACAGCACAUUCGCACAAAAAAUAAAGAAAUCUAAUUCCAGGUAAGUUAUUUAGUAUUAUAAUAAACAACUAAUUAGUAAAUUCUUUACUAAUUAUUAAACGCGAAUACACGCAAUGUGCCUCGAGCGGCGAGUCACGCGGAAAUAUUGCGUGUAUCCGCCCUCUGAAGCGGAGCGCCUCGCUGAGAGAUGGCGAGCCGCCCUCCUCAGCGAUGCACCCGACGACCAGGAGUGGGCCGUCCAGCGGGCCAGGGCCAUGGCCGAGGAACUCAGAAGAUUCUUCUCCGGCGAUGGGCCCCUGGCAGCCUAGCC